UUUUGUUCCUUUUUUUUUUCCCCAACUAGUUUCUCUUUUCCCUCUCGUUUGUCUACCUAGUCCAAUUAAUGAUAUUGUUUAGGAGUACAUAAUUUUUUUCCUUUUUGGUGGAGAGAAUAGUGAGCAGAAUUUUAAUUUAAUAUACUCAAAGUUUGCGGCUUUGUAUUCUCAUCGUGGUGUGAAUUCUCAAGUCAAGCAAAGUCCUCUUUCACACAUCAAUCUCAUGACCUUGGUUGGAGAAUCUAGGGUUUGACAGCACCAAGUCCUGCAAGGUCCGUGCUUUGGUGCUUUUAUUAUUAUUUUCACUGGAAAUUGGGUGUACUGAGUGGGCGCAGAUAUGUCGUGACCUCUAUUUGGUGGUUUGCAUCAAUUUAGCAGACCCAGUUGGUUCUGAUCUCUUUGUCUAUUUUUCUCUGAAAAACCAAUUAUUUGAUGAAAUGAAUCAAUCACAAUCCCUAAUUUGGCUGCGUGUGUGAUGAAAAUGGGCUUUUGUCUAUCUGGGUCCUUUUAUCCCUCGCGCAUGGUCGAAUGUCUGGUGUAUCUGCUGAUAAAUGGGAUUUUCUAGUUUUCUGCAGUAUUUGUCUUACGUUUCUGCCUCUCUGUUCUCUGGGCAAUUAGGUUUUGUCUUCUUCUCUUUCACCUUUUAGGCAGAUAGAGGCUAAGAUGGAAGAGGUUGAAGAAACUAACAGAGCAGCUGUUGAAAGCUGUCAUAAGUUUCUAAACUUGUUGUCUCACCCCCAAGAUCAAUUUCAGCAUCGGAACUUAAGGGUAGAAGCUGAGGAGGCUGUGGGGAAGUUCAAGAAAGUUGUUUCUCUGCUCAGUAACGGUUUGGGUCAUGCAAGAGUCAGGAAACUCAACAGACUUCAAAUUCCUAUUCCUCAAAGCGCACUCUUGGACAUCCCUAAUUGUAGAACAAAUUAUCAAUCAAAGAACUUGCAAUUUCCCCAAAACAGCUUUAGGGACGAGUCAAUUCAGGAAUUGAGAAAUUCGCUCUCCCUGCGAAAUCCAUUGCUGGAAUUGAGCUCAAGUGGGAAAAGUCCUCUCCAGCUCACCCAACAAGCAUCUUCACAGCACUAUCAACUCGUUCAGCAGCAGCAACAAAGGUUAUUGCUGCAGCAGCAUCAACAGCAGAUGAAAUACCAGGCAGAUUUGAUGUACCGAAGGAACAAUAGUGGCAUAAAUCUGAAUUUUGAUAGCUCUAGCUGUACACCUACAAUGUCUUCAACUAGGUCUUUUAUUUCUUCUUUGAGCAUAGAUGGAAGCGUAGCUAACAUGGAUGGAAGUGCCUUUCAUUUAAUCGGUGCUCCUCUCUCUUCAGAUCAGAAUUCUCUACAGCAUAAAAGAAAGUGUUCUGGCAGAGAUGAGGGCAGCGCCAAGUGUGGGAGCAGCAGUACCAGAUGCCACUGCUCAAAGAAGAGGUUAGACUUCUUUCUACAGUCCUUGAUUGAAAACAGAGUAAAGAGAUCAAUUAAGGUUCCUGCUAUCAGCAACAAGCUUGCAGAUAUUCCCCCUGAUGAUUAUUCAUGGAGAAAGUAUGGACAGAAGCCAAUCAAGGGCUCUCCUCACCCUAGAGGAUACUAUAAGUGCAGCAGCAUGAGGGGUUGCCCUGCUAGGAAGCAUGUUGAGAGGUGCCUGGAAGAACCUUCCAUGCUAAUUGUUACCUAUGAAGGCGAGCAUAACCACCCUAAAAUACCAACACAACCUGCAAAUGCAUGACCAUAGAGAGCUUAACCUAGAUCAAGCGAGCCCAACAUUGAAUUUUGUCUCUCUCACUGGUUUCAGAUGCUGCUGUACAUAUUUUGAGCUGUGCAAGCAGGGAUGUUCUCAGCACAGUUUUUUCAAUCUUGCUUAGCUGGCUGAUGCGCCGUUUAGUUGGAAAGCAGGGGAUGAGGAUCAAUGAUCCAGGAAAAAAGAAUGUAAAAUUGGGUAGUUUCGAUUUGAAGGGACCAUUUUUAUCUUUCAUGUUAUAAACAUCACUAGGGUUUUCUUGAUGAAUGAAAUGCCUUUCCAAAUGGUAAAAAAUAUUGUUUGUGGAGUACCGUUAUAACUGCCGUUUAAUUUUAGUUCUCUUGGUCUAAAUAUGUACCCAACCAAUAUUUCUGUGUUAGGUGUUCCACUUUGUAAGUAAAGGAUGGUUAGGACCAUCAAGCUGCCAAGUGCCCAGAUCAAGCCGGUUUCUGGGUUUAUAGAUGUAAAUGCGAAAUUUGGGAUGGUUAAGCCAGGUGAGCUAAAAGCCAAGACUUUACUAGAUUUGAAAGUCAAUCCAUGCAAGGAGUUUUUCCCAAUCUGUUGUGUCUGCUUACUCAGUUGGUUUGAAGCUGUGAAAGUUAACGGGCAGGGCAUGUGAGUCUCAAGGGGACCAAUAUGGGCAGUCAUGCUCCAUCAUUAGUUCUCCGGGGUCCAAUACCAACUGUUGUCAAUAUUAUUUGAGAAUCAAAUCGCUCUUUUGCCCUCUGUAAUCUCUCUCGGCACCACUCAACUGUUCACCCAUUUUUUGGUACA